AAUCACCUUCAAGUUUCGACUUUCAUUUACGGAGAUGUUUUUUUUAUAAAUAUUAAGAAUCAAAUGCGAAUAUAAAUCAUUAAACCAUUGACAACCAAUCGGAUUUUUCCAGAAUUUGUUACAAUGUCUAAACCUUCAUAUCAUAUUCUGAUUGCGGCUAUUGAAGCUUAUGGUCACAUUAAUGCGAUUUGUGGUUUCGGUGAGUUGCUGGUUCGACAUGGACACAGAGUCACAUUUGCACAUCGACUGAAGUAUAAAAAGCUCGCAGAUCAACAUGGCUUUGACUUCAUUCCUUUCGACGAAAAUAUUAUCGGUGAUAUUUGUGAGGAAUCGUUUCUAGAAUGGAUCGACGCGAACGCGGACAAGUAUCGACAAGAUCCAAUAAAGAGGUUUAAGAACUAUACCGAAGAGGAAAAGAGAGCAGCGGCUUUCAGCGCUCAGAUUCUUCGAAAACUAAACCAAGCUUUAACUCCUAUUUUGGGUGAACAUUCAUUUGAUGCAAUUGUUCAUGAUGGAUUAGAUUUUUUAGAUUGUAUUUACAAGCAGUUGAUUCCUGUUAUUUCAUCUGCUUCAGGUGCACCAUUGAUCUUAUACAAAAAGGGUCCUCCUGGAAUGUCCGGCUUUUCUGUGAAUAGUGACCCUAAACUAUGGGAAGAGUACAACAAAUAUUGUACUGACGCUUACGAGGAAAUGACAAGAAAUUUUAAUACUCUGUUACGAGAAUCAGGGAGAGCUGAAGUAUUUCUACCGACUCGAUGGAUCUUACCUUUGAAAUCAAUCGGUUUUUAUCAUUAUCCUGCUGAUCUCGAUUACACCGAGUUAGAGCCAAUCAUGCCUGGUUGGCAUCGAAUCGAUUGUUACGUUCGAUCUCCUGAUGAAGGUUCGACUUUCGAGCUACCAGAUAAACUCAAAGAUAAACCUGGAAAGUUGAUCUACUUUUCCCUUGGAUCAACUGCUUCUAAUGAUUUACUAAUUAUGAACAAAUGUCUUUCCGUUCUCGCUCGUUGUGGUCAUCGUGUUAUCGUCUCAAUGGGUCGACGAGGUGAUAAACUAAAUCUUUCCGAUAAUAUGUGGGGACAAGAAUAUGUCAAUCAGGUCGCAGUCAUUGAAAAGGUUGAUUUGGUUAUAACUCACGGAGGGAACAAUACAUUCAUGGAGACUCUUUAUCAUGGAAAACCAAUGAUUGUGAUUCCUUGGUUCUUUGAUCAACUGGACAAUGCCCAGAGAGUCGUUGAUAAAGAGAUUGGAUAUCGAGUUAAUCCUUGGGAGUUUGAUGAAGAUUAUUUUCUCAGUUGUAUCGAGAAAGUUUUAAAUGAUCAACAAUUACAAGAAAGAGUCAAGAAAAUAUCAGAAAAUAUGAGAAGCUCAAAUUCUGGUACAAAAGCAGUAAAAAUGAUUGAAGAUUUUAUUGUUGAGAACAAAAAAAAAGUAAAAUCUCCAUUCACUUAAUUCAAUCGGAGAUUCAAGUAGAUUUUGAGUGAUCAACCCUCAAGGCUAAUAAUAAAUUGUAUUAAUAGCUCUUAA